AUUUAGUGCAUGCGUAUUUAUGUUUUUUGUCUCUUCAGUCAGCUUGCAAAAUUCAAUUCACCAUCAAUUUGUCAACGUUAAAAGUUUCUGUAUUAUAUGUAUAAAUUUAUUUAGUGUUCCUGUUAUUGUAUUAUUAAUGUCAGAAUCACAAUCUUCUCUUUUAUUGCGAAAACAAUUAGCAGAAUUAAACAAAAAUCCUGUAGAAGGAUUUUCUGCGGGAUUAAUCGACGACAAUGACAUAUACAGAUGGGAAGUACUUAUAAUAGGCCCUCCAGAUACGCUUUAUGAAGGAGGUUUUUUCAAAGCGCACUUAUAUUUCCCUAAAGAAUAUCCGUUAAGACCUCCGAAAAUGAAAUUCGUCACCGAAAUUUGGCAUCCUAAUAUUGACAAAAAUGGCGAUGUUUGUAUUUCAAUUUUGCACGAACCGGGUGACGAUAAAUACGGUUAUGAAAAGGCCAGUGAAAGGUGGCUUCCCGUACAUACCGUCGAAACUAUACUAAUAUCUGUGAUCUCUAUGCUCGCUGACCCCAACGAUGAAAGUCCUGCCAAUGUAGACGCCGCUAAGGAAUGGAGAGAAAAUUAUCAAGAAUUUAAACGUAAGGUUGCUCGCUGCGUUCGGAAAAGUCAAGAAGAUUGUUUGUAGUUAAUUGUUGUAAAUACGAGUCCAUCGAUGGUUUAUUCAUAGUUAACAAGAAAUUCUCCAACAGUCAGAAAUGUGCUCACAACAAAGACAACAAUCGUAUCGCCGAUUUUAUUAAAUUGAACGGAACACCUUACUUUUUCUCAAGAACCGAACUCAAAACGAUAAAUUAAUUUCAUAAGUUAAAAUUUUUUCAUUUUCAAGUCGCUAUUCUUUUUACACACCGUUGGUCAAAAUUCAAGUGUUACAUGGCGUAUUCGGUUUGUACGAGUUCCCUCACACACUCUCUCUCUCUCUCUUUUAUUAUUUUUUUAAAAACUGUUUUGCGAAUUGGUUAUACAAAAAAAACGUGCGCCGAGUAACAAAUUAAUAUUAGAAAAUUACGGCGAUUAUUCUAUUUGUAUGUAAUUUACUGAUUGAAUUUUGUUUGUCGCAUUUUUUUUUUUUUUUUUUUUUUAUAUGUCUUAUCGAUUUAAUAAAGUUUUCACUUUUUAUCGUAAUAUUAAUAUAUAUGUAUUUUUUUUUGUAAUGGAACGUUAUCGAUUAUCAUUCGUGUUUAAGUGUUCCUCCUCCUCCCCCCGAAUCUGUCUUGUCUCACCGUUCUUUUUUUUUUACGCAUGUGCUAUAAAUAUUUUUUCAAAUGUUCAUAGCUUUUAACUGUAAUGCGAUCGAAUGAAAAGAUUUUACGUUAAUAUUAAGAAACGAUGAUUAUUCUUGUAUGUAUUAUUAAAUUUUUAUCUGCGGAA